AUGCCGACGGUUGGUGUUGACAAGGCACUCCUUUUCGAGGGACUUGGUCACGAAUACACUACGCAGGAGUUCGAUGAACUCUGUUUUCAGUUUGGAAUUGAACUCGAUGAAGACACGACUGAAGAGGUGGCAGGCACCGACGAACGCCCGCAACUCAAGAUCGAUAUUCCAGCGAACCGUUACGAUUUGCUAUGCUUUGAGGGCAUUUUGCGAGCUCUUCGUGUGUUUCUCGGGCUGCAGGAGCCUCCGAAAUACACUUUGUCACAACCUAAGGAGCUCUUGACCAUGAAGCUGACGCCCGCUACGGCCCGUAUCCGCCCUUACUUUGCUGGCGCUGUGCUGCGUAACAUCACCUUUACUCAAGAGCGAUACAACAACUUUAUCGAUUUCCAGGACAAGAUUCAUCAGAACCUGGCUAGGCAGCGCACGCUUGUGUCUAUCGGCACUCACGACCUGGACACGAUCGAGGCGCCGUUUGUGUAUGAUGCCCUACCACCGAAUGACAUCAAGUUUGCUCCACUCAAUCUUGAAGAGGAGUUCACCGGUUCGGGUCUCAUGGAUCUGUAUGAAACGGACCGUCAUCUAGGCCGCUACUUGCACAUCAUUCGUGACAGUCCGGUUUAUCCUAUUAUUUUCGACCAGCAGAAGCGCGUUUUGUCCAUGCCGCCCAUUAUUAAUUCGAACCAUUCCAAGAUUAAGCUCGACACGAAGAAUGUGUUUAUUGAUGUGACUGCUUUGGACAAGACGAAGCUGGACAUUGUGAUUUCCGACCUGGUUGCGAUGUUCUCUGAAUACUGUGCAGAGCCAUUCGUUGUUGAGCCGAUUCGUGUCGUAUACCCUGAUGGAGCAGAGGUCAUCACGCCAAACCUUGAUGCGCGUGAAACCGCGGUGCGUGUCUCGUAUGUGAAUCGCUGUACAGGUCUGGAUCAGGAUGCGGAGAAAAUCGCAGGUCUGCUGCGGCGCAUGGGACAUGGCGCCCAGCCGUCGGCCACGGAUCCAGAUGUGGUGGAAGUUCAAGUGCCUGUAACUCGCCCUGAUAUUCUGCAUGAAUGUGACCUCAUGGAAGAUGCGGCUGUGGCGCAUGGCUUCGACAAUUUGCCCAAGACGUUCCCGACCACAAAUACAGUAGGUGGACCGCUUCCUAUCAACAAGCUGAGCGAUAUUAUUCGUCACGAAUGUGCUCAGGCUGGGUGGAUCGAAGUACUUCCUCUUAUUUUAUGCUCACAUGAUGAAAACUUCGCAUGGAUGAAGCGCACGGAUGAUGGUAAAACAGCCAUUGUCCUAGAGAACCCAAAAACCUCCGAGUACCAGAUCGUGCGUACGUCUCUUCUCCCAGGCAUUCUCAAGACGAUUCGUGAGAACAAAAAGCAUGCGCUUCCCAUCCAGGUCUUUGAGGUCUCUGAUGUGGCAUUCAAGGACCCGACGGAGACGCAGCGUAUGGCACGCAAUGAGCGCCACAUGGCUGCUAUUUACAGUAACAAAGCAGCAGGUUUUGAGGUCGUGCACGGUCUUCUUGACAAGCUGAUGAUGAUGCUGGGUGUUCCUCGCAUUUCCCGCGAAGACGCAAAGGCCGAGUGCGGGUACUACCUGCAGGAGGCAGACGACCCUUCCUUCUUCCCCGGACGCGCAGCUCACAUUGUGCUCCGCACGCCGAGUUCAUCGGCUCGUGGAUUGGACUCGACCGACGAUCUCAAGAAGGCAUUGGAUGGUGACGAGCGAAUUGGCACGCUGGGUGUGCUGCACCCGGAUGUGCUCGAGCGCUUUGAGCUUGCUUUCCCAUGCUCGGCCCUCGAAUUUAAUGUGGAACCCUUCCUGUAG